AUGCCCCCCUCCCCUGCCCCCGCCGCCAGCGAACUCCCCUGGGCAUUCAUAGACUGCCCCACAGACACCCUCGUCACCCUCCUCGCCCACAUGCUUGACCUCCUCAUCCGCCAUAACGACCAAGUCACGCUCACCCCCGAUGCCUUGACGAGAUUCCAUUCCAGGGCGCCGCCCGGUAUAUCAGUACAGGACUAUCUGGCGCGUAUAGUCAAGUAUACCAACUGUGAAAAAAUACCACUCCUCUCGCUCUUGUCCUAUAUCGACAUUACCUGUCUAAACCUCCCCACAUUCACCCUCUCCUCUCUCACUGUCCAUCGUUUCCUCAUCGCCUCCAUCUGCGCCGGCUCAAAAGCCCAAUGCGACGUGUUCUGCACAAACGCGCAUUACGCAAAAGUCGGCGGUAUCAAGACGGGCGAGUUGAAUGCGCUGGAGCGGGAACUGGUCAGAGUAACAGAAUGGGAUCUAUGUUGCCAUGCAGAGACACUGCAACGCUAUUACACCUCCCUCAUCCGCUCGCACGGUGGCUACACCCAAGCGCCCGAACCCGCCACCUCCCCCUUCGUCCAGUUCCCCGACCCCUACCCCGGCCCCACGAACAAGAACAGAGAAGAAGGCGAUACAGCGGGAGAAGAAGGCGAAGGUGAUGGGUGUGUCGAUUGUGCUCCCGGACAGGGGCACGCUGGUAAAGAAGUCGGCUUAGCAGGCGCAGGGACGAAGGAUGAAGAUCAAGAGAUGCCCUUGCAAUCUUCGCCUGCCCGCCCGCCGCUGAAUGGUUCUCUCUCAGAAGACCCAGCGGGACCGCAGGACGAAAAGAUGGUGGUUGACCCUUCGCCCACGCUUUCUGCCCGGGGCCGUCCGCGUCGACGGCGUACGUCGCAUAUGGACGUGGACCCUUCCCGCGGGCAUCUGUCCAAGAAAGGGAAAGGUUCGGAGAGGGGAGGGGAAGGGGAAGGAGAGGAAGAAGGGGGUUCGCCGUAUUCGGCGGCUUCGUCGAGCGUCCCGAGCUCGAGCAGAAGUCGGGGAGGGAGCCAGAGUAGUCGAAGAAACAGGACGGGAGGGAGCCCCAGGGAUAUGUUUGUCAACUCUCCAGGGGUCACUGAGGUAGGAGCGGGAGUGAAUGGAGAAGGUGUACCAGCAGGAGCAGGUAUAGGCACCAUCAUCCGCCCAACCCCCGACGUCGGCCAUCCGUCACAACCUUCUUUAUCCCAAGAACCCACCCCCCAAGCUCUCCCCAAACCACCACUCUCCACAAACACCUCGACCUCUUCACAAAAAGACCUCCAUCCAACGCAUAGCCACCCGCAAGGCCACGGCCACCCGCAUCAUCCCCAUGCGCCAAAGUUUCUGAAGAAUCUGGGCAACAUGUUUAGGAAGAAGAGUUCGCCUGGGGCGGAAGAUAGGCCGGCGGAAGGGGAUGUGGUGGCGGGAGGAGGAGCAGGGUCGGGGGGUGUUGGUGUUCCUGCGCCUCAAUCAGGAAUAGGAGCAGGAGGGGGAGCAGGGGGAGGGGGAGGGGCAGCGCCAGAAUCGCGGCAGCACGCCAUCAUAUCAUCCAAACCCCUCCGCUCCCUCACCCGCGCCAACCCCUCCCAAUCCCAAUCCACUCGCACACCCAUCCCACCAUUCACAAAUCCCCCCCAAUCCCCUCGCGGUCGACCCCCAGCCCCAGCCGCCGAAUCGCCAGAAGGAGGGGACAAGAAGAUCAAGUUGACGCCGAGGAUAAGGACGAGGGGUGAGACGAGCUUGGAUAGUCCGAGGGAGAGGGUUUGGUUGGGGAGUGGGGAGGCGCCUACUGCUGGUCUAGGAGGUUCGGCCGGGGUGGGGAUGGGGACGGGGGUGGGAGCAGGGGAGGGGGAUGGGGAUGAAGGGGUUGAUGGACCGUGGACGGAGGAGGAACCGGGCAAGAGGGCAAAGGCGUAG